AUGACUAUUUCUUCAGCUGCAACAAUCCCGGCACCCGGAGCCCCACAGGGCGGCAGGGUGACUCCGCCCCGUGGCCCCAACGGGCCCAGGAAAGUUUAUGACCCCCUGAAGGAGGGGGAGGCUUCGAUUCCACAGAGCGGGACCGGCCCGUCCCUCAGCCUCGACCAAAGUCAGAAGCAGGGGGAAGAACGAAGCGGCGGUGCUGGACGGCGUCCCAGCCGACACUCCGGAGCGCAGCGCUGGAUGGUGCGCACACGGCGCAUCCGUGAGGCCAUCCGGACCGGACUAACCCGAGGUUACUCCAGCGGCUUCCGCGGAUCCAAAGAGGCCGUGCGGGAAGCGAAUCCCGGAGUGGCGGUUCGCGUUCUGCCGCUCCUGGCCCUGCGCGGCCGCCGUAGGGAGGGGGAGCGAGUACGGUGGCUGCAGGGCGGCGACGGUAGAGCGGCCGGUCGCGGGUCCGCCAUGGGCAACCUGUUCGGACGCAAGAAACAGAGCCGGCCCGGUGCCCUCGCCCCGCCCGCGGACGCCGGCCGGACUGAUGUCCCCGCCCCGACAGACAGGACGGUGUUCCUACCUCAACUGAAGCAGCAGCGGGACAAGCUGAGGCAGUACCAGAAGAGGGUCACACAGCAGCUGGAGCGGGAGCGGGCCCUGGCGAGGCAGCUGCUGCGGGACGGCAGGAAGGAACGGGCCAAGCUGCUGCUCAAAAAGAAGCGGUACCGGGAGCAGCUCCUGGACCGGACGGAGAACCAGAUCAGCAGCCUGGAGGCCAUGGUUCAGAGCAUUGAGUUCACCCAGAUUGAGAUGAAGGUGAUGGAAGGGCUGCAGGUGGGAAACGAGUGUCUGAACAAGAUGCAUCAGGUGAUGUCCAUCGAGGAAGUGGAGCGGAUCCUGGACGAGACGCAGGAGGCUGUGGAGUACCAGAGGCAAAUAGAUGAGCUGUUGGCCGGAAGCUUCACACAGGAGGAUGAGGACGCCAUCCUGGAGGAGCUAAAUGCGAUCACUCAGGAACAAAUAGAGCUCCCAGAGGUUCCUUCAGAGCCCCUUCCAGAGACGCAUCCAGAAAAAGCCCCUGUCAAGGUCAGGUCCAGGCAGGCGGACCUGGUGGCAGCCUCCUAACUGCACCACUCACAGGACUUAGGGGCUCCCCAGGACCGGCCCGCAGCCUGGGUUGGCAGCCCACAUGGAUUGUGCUGCUGUGCAGAGCUGCGGCUCACGCACCAGGAAGGCUCAGAAGCGGCUCCCUCGCUGUUCAGGCUGAGUGCUGGCAUGGCUGUCUGGCUCUCAUCUCUGGAUCAGAUGGCAACGUGCAAACCCUUGGCGCAGCCUGGCUCGUGGAGGCUGUGGUUUCCACGAUGGCCGCGGCCUGGACCUGCUGCUCCUGGUGCUGUUCACUGCUGCCCCCACCCCCAGUGGCCUGUGCUCUCCCAAGGGAAAGGUGCCAGCUGGCCUUGGGGUCCUUGUGCUCUUUCAUUUCUUUGUUGCUCCCAUCAGCUGGUGAUGGUAAAGGCUCCCCGCCUUGCCUGGCAUCAGUUUCCCAGUAGGGUGGGCGCAGAACCCCUGGGAACCUGCAUUUGCUGACCCUCCCAGUACCUCCGCCUCGGCACCCAGACUCAAGCUUCUGUCAUUCAGGGAAGGUGGGCCAGAGGCCAUCCCUGCUGGAUCGACGACCACAGGAGGCCCAGCCUCACCCUGCCGCCGUGGGUCUGUGCACCAUGGCUUGGCCUUGCUGAGGAAGGACACCUGAAGGUGACGGCAAGACCCAGCUCUGGCAGGUGUGGCCCCAUCACGUGCUCAUGGGAGUCCCACAUCCCCGGGACAGGAGGCACAGAGCCUGGAAGACCCCUCGCACAUGGCACUUGCUCUGUUGGACAAUCUCACUGGUGUCUCCUGGCCUGUGAGCAGCACGAGGGCAGUGGCCCAAGAGAGCCCCACACCUACAGGGACACCAGGAAUAGCGGGGAGUCUUCCUUCUCCCCAGCAGGUCGACCCAUGUAUUAAAGUUGGCCCCUGCAUGGCCUGUGGCCUUGGGGUGUCAGUGUCCUGAUACGGCCCUGGCUUCACGAGUGGGUUACAGUGUGCCCUGACCAGCACCUCUGGGACCAGCCCAGGGCCAGGCAUUCAGCAGAGGGGUGGGCUCUGGGCCUUUCCUGUUGGUAAACAGAAGGCAGGCCAGCUCCUUGUGGCCAAGUCUGACAUUUGCCUCUGGACAGUGGCUCCUUGCAGGCAGGGCACUGUUCUAGCCGCUCUCAGAAGGCACCUGGCUGCCUGUGGUUGCUCAGUGGGCUUGUGGUUCCCACAGCUGCAGGACCCUAGGCUGAGAUCUCAGGUAGUGAGAGUGAGCAGCCCCACACCUACACUGCAGCCUCAUGGGGGGCCCUGUGUUGCCGGGGCUCAUGGUUUCUUGGGAGAAGCUGGAACCUGAGUCUCCAGGUGAGGGACACCUGAUGGGGACCACACUGAACACACAUGGCCACCUCCCAGACCAGACCAGGGGCUGCCCUGCCUUCUCUGCUCUUGCCCGUGUCUGCCAGGAGGAGGCUCUCUGCCCACCAGCCUCAGGAAGAUUUUGCAGAAAACGCCUGCGUUCCUCCCACUGGAUUCUGCUGCCGGAGCCUGAGUAGUCAGUGAGGCCUGCGCCAGGUCCACACCCUAUGGAGGGGACAGGGCCUGGGCCAAGAGAGGCCAGCACAUCUGGACAGGCCUUGGCAGAUGUCCAGGCAUGACCACAGCCUCCCCGAACCCCUCUCCAAGGUGGACCCCUCUUCUGUCUGCCUCCUCCAGGACCCUGGCAGGCAUACCCAGGACAGGCUGACUGCUGGCAGCAUUUCAGUGUGUGGGCCACCCUCAGCCCAGGCAAGCCGCUGUCCAUGGCGCCCUGGCCUGAGCCACAUAGGUAUUGCUCGGGGCAACUAGAAAAACAGGAGACCAUAGCCCCUCACCAGGGUGUUAGUCUUUUAAUUUCAUCCCUGCAGCCCAGAAUGACUGAGCUGAUUCCCUGGCUCUGCUGAGAGCGCCUGGCUGGCAGCUUCUGUCAUGGUGCCAGCGGCAGCUCCUGCCAGCUACCAAGAGCUCCGCAGCAGCCAGAGCCUGGCCUGACUUCCUUCCAGUAUAGGUGGGGACACGGCACCCACAACAAUCGCAAGUCAGAAUUAAGUGCACACCCUGAGGCAGAGCUGGUACCCUGCCAGAGAGGCUCCCUGGGGUCUGGGGAGAUAGGGAAGAGCAUACUGUGGGCACACCAUGGGGGUCCUGGCAGCAGUGACAGAGCCAGUGGAUGGAGGGGCAAGGAGAGGUCCCAGAAACCAAAGGACAGGCAGCUUUAAGAGUGCUGAGGGACCCUGGAGCCUACUCCAGCCCCAGCUUAGAUGGGGACAGGGAAGUGACCUAGGUUUCCAAGGCUCCCAUACGUGGUGUAGAAAGUAGAGAAGCGGGCAUGGACUGGAGUGAAGGGGUGGGGCCUGGAUGCAGGAUGUCCUGGGCAGGAUGGGGCACCUGACCUGUGUGCCCAGUGCCUGGCUGGCUCCUGCACAGAGCAGUUCCUCAGCGAAGGGGCAGACUGUGACCCAGACUUCGGUCCCCUUGAGACUGUGGGGGUGGGGUGUUGAGCACCCAGCCCUCAGACUGGCUUCCUGCCAGAUCAUAGGUGCCUGGAGAGCAUCAACUCGUAGCAGUUUCUCGGGAACUCAGGGCAUCUGUGCUUCUGUAACAGACAGGGGCAUGGGCAGCUCACCUGACCAGGAACUUCUCACCAAGAGUCCAAGCCCACACUGGCAUCCUGCCUGGCCUUGUUUUGUCAUUAAAUGGCCCUCCUAUCAUGAGUCUCAGUCCCUCCUGGCCUAAUGAAUGGUGCCUGCCUAUAAUCUCAGCACUUUGGAGGACUAAGGCAGGAAGAAAGAUCACAAGCUUGAGGCAUUCUGGGCAUCUUACACCCUGCCUCAAAACAAAGAGGGUCUAGGAGUGUAGCUCAGCGGGAGGCCGUGUAUUCAGUCCCCAGUGCUGGCGGCUCAGGAAAGCCCCACCUUUCAGCCACAACACAGUCAAUCUUCAACCUAAGUUUUGCAAAGAACGUUCAGACCAAAGGAGAAAGAACAAGCUGUGACCACACAGAAUAGGAUGACACUGGUGAAAAACUCCACGUAGCACGCACUUCACAGCAUCCUGCGGAAAACCAUGUGGCUCCUGGUCAAGCAGCAUGUGAUUCAGGUGGUGCCCAGAGGCUGAAGCAGCAGCAUCUACCUCAGUUCAUGCUUGUGUUUAACUGCUGGAGGAUUGAACCCAGAGCCUCGUGCAUAUGAGACAAAUACUCUACAACUAUAGCUCAGCCCUUCCGGCUUUUUAUUCUGAGACAGGGUCUCUAAGUUGCCCAGGGCAGCCUCCAACUUGUGGUCCUCCUGCCUCAGCCUCCCAAGUAGCCAGAUUACAGGUGUGCACCCGGUCAUGUAGUAUCGUUUGUUCUUGUUUGUGUGGCACUGGAGACACACCCAGGGCCUCGUGCUGAGCAACACCCCCAACCCUUUUGUUUAGUCACACAGGAAAGCAGUUUUCAUUUCCUGUGCAAUUCUAUGGACUUCACACAGAGAUCCUCCAUCUCUACCGCAGUGAGGAUGCAGGGAGCCCACGCGGGUGAGUAGGGUGGGGAGGGGAGUUUGUGCAGCCAUGCGGGACACCAGGUGGGCAUUGGGGCCCACACAACCCCCAGACCCAGGGGUGCCCCCAGAGGGACUUGACUCAAGGGUGUUGUCACAAUGACACAGGACUUGGGGAGGCUGCCAGCCCUCCGUCCACCAUGCAACAGGGAUGUGACAGGGUCGCUGACGUCUGCCAUGUCUGCGGCGAGUCUGCCAGGUGGGCCAGGAAGGGGCUGUAGUCCUGGGGCCCCAGGUUCCAUGGGACUUGAGCCAGCCCUGUGCUGUCCAUGAUGUCUGCACCCCCCCACCCAUGUGACUGCACAACAGGGAGCUGAGUGUCAACUAGGCUCCUGUCAGGACUGUCACCCUAGGUGUCCCAUGGCCAUCCACACUCCCAAACUGAGCAUCGUGCUUAGGAAUGAGAAACCAGAGAUGCCACUGGGAGGCACAGGGGUCCCAUUCAGAAAUAUCACCACCGAGUGCUGCACCCAGGAUUGGGGAGCCAGUGCAUGGCUUUGAGUGCAUUCAGACACAUGCAGUACUCUCAGAACUUUUGUAACCUCCAAAGAAACCCUCUAAGACGGGCGUGGUGACGCACACCUGUAAUCCCAGCAUUCAGGAGGCUGAGGCAGGAGGAUCGCUCUGAGU